AUGGGGCAAACACAGCAAACAGAGAACUCUGAGGAGAUCGAUAUCAAGGCACUUCAGGACAUGUAUAAAAAGUUUGUCAUGGAGUGCCCGAGCGGACUUCUUUUCCUGCACGAGUUUAAGCGUUUCUUUGGUGUGGACCCGACAGGGGAAGCGUCUGAUUAUGCGGAGAACAUGUUUCGAGCUUUUGACAGCAAUGGGGACAAUACGAUUGACUUCCUUGAGUUCGUGGCAGCGCUGAAUCUUGUUUUCCGGGGAGACCUGGAGCAUAAGCUGCGCUGGUCAUUCAAGGCGUAUGACAAAGACAACAAUGGCUACGUUGAAAGGGAAGAACUGCGGUCAAUGAUUGAUAGCAUCUACCAUCUAAAGAAAGGCUCAAAGACAGAGUUUAGUGAUUCACAUCUUACAGUAGAUGAGGUUGUGGAUCGAAUAUUACAGGCUGUUGAUAGUGAUGGAGAUGGUCAAAUUAACAUGGAAGAGUUUAUUAGAGGUGCACAGCAGGACCCCUGGGUGCUCAACAUGUUGAAGCUGGACAUGAACCCUGCUGGGUGGGUGCUGGAGCAGAGGAGAAGGAGUGCACACUUCUAAAAUGUCAAAGCACAUAAGCCUUUCCCAUGUGGACAAAUCAUCAUGGUUAAA